AUGCCGGUCCCAGAACGUGAUACCGAGCAUGCUUUAGCUCAAGAAUUCAGCAAAGUCCUUGGAACAAAGAUUGACACCGCUGAUAGCUUCUUUGAUUAUGGCGGAGACUCCAUCGAUGCUAUAAUGGUGGCAUCACGGAUCAACAAACAGCUCGACGUUGCCAUUACUGCUCAAGAUGUUUUCGAGUGCUCAGACAUCGCCACCUUGGCCGAGCGAAUCACACCACUACCACGGUCGAAGAAAUACGUCUCGAUACCUCGCUCCCAGAGCCAUGGUCCGGUCCAACAGUCAUUUGCGCAGGGACGGUUAUGGUUCUUGGAACAACUGCACCCCGGCUCUGCCUGGUAUCUGAUGCCAUUUGCGACCCGCCUCCGAGGCCCUCUUCAACUAGACGCACUGCAGGCAGCUCUAUCAGCACUGGCCGAGCGCCAUGAAACUCUCCGCACAACAUUCAAUCAACAGGACGGAGGGGGCUUGCAAGUGGUCCACCCUUUCCACCCCAAACCACUCGACGUGAUCAACAUGGCCUCGUCAACAGACGCAGAUCUCCUGCGUGCGCUGCACCGCGAGCACGCCACGGUCUUUGAUCUCUCCACCGAGCCUGGAUGGAGGCCAUCCGUCUUCCGCCUGGGUCCGGAGGACCAUGUGUUAUCGAUUGUCAUGCACCACAUCGUCUCCGACGGAUGGUCGGUGAACGUCCUCCGGAAGGAGCUGAAGGCCCUCUAUGCUGCUGCAAUUCGAGGCCGGCCGCCGCUGUCAGCAGUGGAGCCCCUCCCCAUCCAGUAUCGCGACUUCUCCGCCUGGCAGAGGCAGGAGGCCCAGGCCCGCGAGCAUCAGCGGCAGCUGGAGUACUGGCUCGAGCAGCUCCACGACAGCCAGCCCGCCGAGCUUCUCUGUGACCACCCACGGCCCACGUCCCUCUCGGGCGAAGCGGGUCGUCAAGAGAUCCGCAUCGAAGGCUCCCUGUAUAAGGACCUGCAACAGUUCUGUGCGAGGCGCCAAGUGACCCCGUUCACUGUCCUGCUCACCGUCUUCCGGCUGACGCACUACCAACUGACCGGGGCAAGCGACGCGACGAUCGGCACCCCGGUUGCCAACCGCAGCCGGCAGGAGCUGGAAGACCUGAUCGGGUUCUUCGUCAACGUGCAGUGCAUCCGCAUCACGGUCAACGACGAGUCCUUCCAGGAGCUGGUGCGCCAGGUGCAAGGCACAGCCAGCGCCGCAUUCGCCAACCAGGAUGUCCCCUUCGAGGACAUCGUCUCCCAUCUGGGGAAUGGACGAGACCUCUCGCGCAAUCCCCUGGUCCAGCUGGCCUUUGCGGUCCACUCGCAGGCAAACUUCGGCCAAUUCGAGCUGGACGGCGUGCAGACCGAACAGAUUGAUGUCGUGCCCACGACGAGGUUCGACCUGGAGCUUCACCUGUUUCAAGGGGAGGACUGCCUCCAGGGCCAUGUCCUCUAUGCCAAGGAACUUUUCGACCCCGUCACCAUCAGCCUGUUCCUGGCGGUGUUCCGCGAUCUCCUGCAGCAAGGGCUGGCUCAGCCGGAGACCACAGCCAAACGUCUCCCGUUAGCCAACGGCUACCCUGCGCUCGACCAGAUGGGGCUGAUCCAGAUCGAACGAUCGGAGUACCCACGGGACGCCAGCGUCGUCGAGAUCUUCCAGCAGCAGGUGGCCGCCGGCCCGACCCGAGUGGCUGUUCAGGACGCAUCGACGCAGCUGACGUAUCUUGAGCUGGACCGACGGUCGGACCGGCUCGCGACCUGGCUCGCAGGCCGAGGCUUUCCAGCAGAGACCCUCGUGGGGGUGGCUGCCAACCGCUCAUGCGAGACGAUCGUGGCAUUCCUGGCGAUCCUCAAGGCCAACCUGGCCUAUCUGCCUCUGGACGUCAAAGUCCCCGCGGGCCGCAUCGAGACGAUCCUGGCAUCCGUUCCGGGCUGUCGACUCGUUCUGCUAGGAGCGGACAUCAAUGCCCCGGCCGUCCACCGCGCCGGGGUCGAGUUUAUCUGCGCACCAGAGCCUGAUCAUCCGGAGCCACACGGAACCCUGCACGGGGCCCCGGCGAUUGUGCCCCCGCGCCCGGGGAGUCUGGCCUACGUGAUGUUCACCUCGGGGUCCACCGGCCGUCCCAAGGGGGUCAUGAUCGAGCAUCGCGGCAUCAUCCGCUUAGCGAAGAGCAACGGCACACUACUCCGCUCUCCGCCGGAUUACCGCAUCUCUCACAUGGCCAACCUGGCCUUCGAUAUCUCAACGUGGGAGAUCUACACGGCGCUCCUGAACGGCGGGACUCUGAUCUGCAUCGACGACAUGGCCGUGAUGAACGCGAUCCAGUUGGAUGAGGUGUUCAGCACCGCGGGCGUCCACGCCGCGAUGUUCACCCCCGCGCUGCUCAAGAGCUGCCUGGACGAACACCCGCAGACACUACGCAGCCUCGGCCUGCUGAUGGUGGCAGGUGAUCGAUCGAGCCCGAAGGACCUGGCCAUGGCGCAGGGGCUGAUCAAAGGUGGGGGCGCGGUCGUCAAUACGUACGGCCCGACGGAGAACACCGGGGGAAGCACGAUAUACCGCGUCCCUCGCGGGGAGCGAUGUGUGAAUGGGGUGCCGAUCGGCCGGGCCCUCACGGACUCCGGCGCCUACGUGAUGGACCCGAGCCUGCGUCUCGUGCCCCCCGGGGUCAUGGGGGAGCUGGUCGUCACCGGUGCCGGGCUCGCGCGAGGCUACACCGACCCGCUGCUGGACCAGGGCCGCUUUGUGACCGUCGAGAUCGGCGGGCAACCCACCCGGGCGUAUCGGACGGGGGAUCGCGUGCGGUAUCGGCCAACGGACGGGCAAUUGGAAUGCUUCGGGCGGAUGGACCAGCAGGUCAAAAUCCGCGGCUAUCGCGUCGAACUCGCGGAGAUCGAGCAGACCCUGCUCGCCCACAGUUCGGUCAGUGAUGCUGUGGCUGUGGUACAGCGGCAGGAACAGGAAGACGGGGGUUCGAGCAUUCUCGGCUUCGUCACAGUUCUCGAAGCGCAAGACUCAGCCCCGGGCGCGCACCCUGCUGAAGACACUUCGACCGAACAGGUCAGCAGCUGGACCGACCUCUUCAACACGGACAACUACGGCGCGAUGGCCGAUCUGGGACCUGACACAAUCGGUCGAGACUUCGUCGGAUGGACCUCGAUGUACGAUGGAAACAAUAUUGAUGCCGGGGCGAUGAACGAAUCGCUGGACGACACUAUUGACACCAUCCGUCAGAGCAGCCCACAUGAUACCGUGCUAGAAGUAGGCACGGGGAGUGGGAUGGUCCUCUUCAAUCUGAUCCAUCAUCUCCAGCGGUAUGUCGGCGUGGAGCCGGCGCGCAAUGCAGUCCAACUUGUCACCGCGGCUGCCCAGUCAUUCCCCGGGGCGGCGGAGAAGAUUUCCAUGCAUGUCGGCACGGCGGCGGACAUUUGUCACCUUCAGAGCGACCAGUCGCAUGAUCUUGCCAUCCUGAACUCGGUUGCCCAAUACUUCCCCUCUUCGGGGUACCUGAUGAAGGUGAUUAAGGACCUGGUGCAACUGCAGGGUGUGAAGCGCAUCUUCUUGGGUGACGUACGGUCUUAUGCACUUUACCAAGAGUUCCAGGUGUCCAAGGUGUUGCACCGUCUGGGCGACGCAGCGACGGUGGACGACAUUCAGCAGACCAUUGCUGAGGCUCCUGGUGUGGAAGAAGAGUUACCUCUUGAUCCUGCGUUCUUCACAAUGCUAGCAAGUCAGCUCCCCGACCUCAUCGAACACGUCGAGAUCCUGCCCAAGAAGAUGGACGCAACAAACGAGCUGAGCUGCUACCGCUAUGCGGCUGUACUGCAUGCCCGGCGGGAGGAGCACCCGCUGAUUCAGGUCCACGAGGUUCAGGAGAGCGACUGGAUUGACUUUGGGGGCGCUGCAAUGGAUGACCAAUCCCUCUUGGGGCUUCUGCAGAAGUCGACUCAGUCAUCCCUGAUCGCUGUGAGCAACAUCCCGUACCGGAAGACGAUCUUAGAAAGACAGAUUGUCGAUCUUCUGGAUGAUCCGUCUGUGAAUGUGCUGGCUGCCCGCAACCACCGGCUCCAGACCCUCCGUCCCAUGAGCCAAUCCCCGCCGUCUCUUUCACCGGUGGAAUUGGUUGCACUGGCUCGGAAGACGGGCUUCGAGGUUGAGAUCAGCUGGGCCCGGCAGCAUUCCCAGCGCGGCGGACUGGAUGCUAUCUUCCACCGCAACCAGACGCAAAGCAAGACAGGGCGAGUGCUCUUCCGAUUCCCCACUGACCAUACGGGUCGGUCGCUUCGAACGUUAAGCAACCAUCCUCUCCAACAGCGACAGAAUCAGAAAACCGAGCGAGAGCUGCGGCAGAUGCUCCAGGCCCGGCUUCCCCAGUACAUGGUGCCCCGGUUGAUCGUGGUUGGUGACGAGAUGCCCCUGAACAACAACGGUAAAGUCGACCGCCAGGCGCUCGCAAAGCAGGCCCACGUGUGUCCCAGAUCGAAGGUAAUACCAGAGAGAGUAGCACCAGGCAAUGAUACAGAGCUUACCUUGGCUCGAGUGUUCAGCGACAUUUUGGGGACGGAUAUUGGCAUUACCGAUAACUUCUUCGACCACGGUGGCGAUUCACUGAAGGCCACCAAGGUGGUGACGCGAAUCAACAACCAGCUGGACACUGCGAUCACGGUGCGAGACCUCUUCCAACAUCCCACCGUGGCGACUCUGGCUCUGGAGAUGCAGACCUCGCUGCUCUCGAGCCCAAAGGUUCAGCACCAGGACUUCCCACCCUUUUCCCUCCUGGACUACGACUCCUCGUCUCUCACCCCGGCCGAGCUUGGCGAGCUAGGGCUUACGUCGACAGACGCCAUCCUCGACAUCCUCCCAUUGACAGGAUGCCAGGUCUGGUUUCUCACCCAGUGGACCCCAGUGACCAUCUCCUUCAUGAUCGACGGUCCCGUAGAUCUCGACCGACUGCGAGCCGCCUGCCGGUCCAGAAGCACAGCGUUCUGCGUACCGUCUUCACCAGGCUUCGAGGCAGUUUUGUCCAAGUGGUCCUCCGAACAACAUACCGCGGACUCCUCCUUCUGCGCCGACUGUCCGGGCUGUGAGAUCCCUAAUCUCGGCCGUCAGAACCCUCUGGUGCUAGGCAAACCGCCCACGCGAUUCACGCUGAUCUCUCAGUCGCCCACGAAACACGCCUUUGUGCUCCAGCUCUCGCACGCCCAGUACGACGGGCUCUCGUUGCCUUAUCUGUCCUCCGACCUAACCACCGCCUACAGUGCCGGCGGCGUCCUGCCAUCCCCCGCGACCGCCGCUCCGUUCUCGCAGUAUAUGUAUGGUCGCCACCAGCACAAGACGGCCGCGGCCUUGGACUUCUGGCGCCGAUAUCUCCCGGGCGCGACGAUGACGACGCUCGCCGGCGUCUCGACCGCGGUCCCAGACCGCGAUAGCUUCACCGACAUCAAAGAAACCGCGAUCGACGCGCUCCCGCGCUGCUUGCCGGGGAUCACGAUCCCGACACUCACGAACGCAGCCCUCGCCUUCACCCUAGCCCAGUACACCGACACCAACGACAUCACCUUCGGGCUGGUGAUGGACACGCGCGAGAACCCGGUCCGCGGCGCAACCAGCAUCCUGGGCCCGUGCAUCAACAUCAACCCGGUGCGCGUCCAGCUGCCGGCCGGAGCGGCGGGGUCCGUGCUGGACCUCUGCCACGCGCUGCACCAGCACUACGUCCAGAUCUCGCGCCACAGCGUGCUGGAUCUGGCCGACAUCACCGCCCAGAGCACGCGCUGGCCGCGCGGCACGCGGUUCGGGUGCAUCGUCAACCAUCUGCCGGGGGAGGGGCCCCCGCCGCUCGUCUUCGACGGCACCGACACCGCGUUCCGGUCCACCGACCUCCGCAUCCAGUUGCCCGACCAGGUGCUCAUCCGGUCCAUCGCGGCGGGCCGCGAGCUGAAGAUCCAGGUCCUCGCCUCCAGCGACGUGUUGAGCGCCCAGGAGGCCGCCGCGCUGGCGCGCCGUCUGCUGACCACCGUCCACCGGUUCGCCCAGUUCCCCAACACCCUGCUUUCGGCGCCGUGGCUGGCGCUGUAG